AAUUGGGAUUCCUCACGUGUGGGCUCAUUUGUAGUUUGAACACGUGGCUCAUUCAAAAAAGCCGGAAUAGCUGAGGAUUUUUUUUUCUCCCCCUUCUUCUUCUUCUUAUUCUAGGCUCUAGACUUAGAGGCGGGCGCCAGCCUUACCGUGUGUGACAUUCUCUGUCUCUUUGCCAAGGGGUUUGGAGGAAGACACAAAGUAGUUUCUCCUCCUUUUCACCCAGCCCGCCAUCGUUCGGAGACACGAGAUUAAUAAUUGAGCAUUUAUUUAUUGCGCGAUAGAGACAGAGGGGCGAGGGAGCGCAAACGCACUGUGAGGCUGCCAGUUUAAAUCUAUCUGUGGCUUGAACGACCGGGAAGCACGCCACAGCCACUCCGUAGUAGUAAAGGCGAUUUAGGCUACUCCAAACACUGCACAUCCGUGAGAGCAAAUAACUAUCUCUCCCUCAGCGUAAAGAUUGUCCCUUUCGGCGCAGAACAUGAAUAAGCUAUACAUUGGCAACGUAAGCGCAGAGGCGAGCGAGGAGGACUUCGAAACUAUCUUUGAGCAGUGGAAGAUUCCGCACAGUGGUCCAUUUCUUGUCAAAACUGGCUAUGCGUUUGUGGAUUGCCCGGACGAGAAAGCAGCGAUGAAGGCCAUCGAUGUUCUUUCAGGUAAAGUUGAACUUCACGGGAAAGUUCUCGAAGUGGAGCACUCGGUCCCUAAACGUCAAAGGAGCUGUAAGCUGCAGAUCAGGAACAUCCCGCCUCAUAUGCAGUGGGAGGUUUUGGAUGGUAUGCUUGUUCAGUAUGGUGCAGUACAGAGCUGUGAACAAGUAAACACUGACACAGAGACUGCAGUUGUCAAUGUUCGUUAUGCUACAAAGGACCAGGCCAGGCUGGCAAUGGAGAAGCUGAAUGGAUCUAUGCUGGAGAACUAUACCCUGAAAGUGUCCUAUAUCCCAGAUGAGACCGCUGCACCAGAGGGUCCUCCAGCAGGGGGCCGGAGAGGCUUUAAUGCACGCGGACCCCCUCGGUCUGGCUCUCCGGGUUUGGGUGCCCGGCCCAAAGUGCAGUCAGACAUCCCACUGCGCAUGCUAGUUCCCACGCAGUUUGUAGGGGCGAUUAUCGGCAAGGAGGGCGCAACUAUUCGCAACAUCACCAAACAGACCCACUCAAAGAUUGACAUCCACAGAAAAGAGAACGCAGGUGCUGCAGAGAAACCCAUCACUAUUCACUCGACCCCUGAAGGUUGUUCAAAUGCUUGCAAAACCAUCAUUGAGAUCAUGCAGAAGGAAGCCCUUGACACAAAGUUUACUGAGGAGAUCCCACUAAAGAUCCUUGCACACAACAGCUUUGUGGGAAGAUUAAUAGGUAAAGAAGGACGUAACCUGAAGAAAAUUGAGCAGGAAACGGGGACCAAGAUCACAAUCUCACCUCUCCAGGACCUAACCCUGUACAACCCAGAACGGACCAUCACAGUAAAGGGCUCCAUUGAGGCAUGUGCAAAAGCUGAGGAGGAAGUGAUGAAGAAGAUCAGGGAAUCCUAUGAGAGUGACAUGGCUGCUAUGAACCUCCAAUCCAACUUGAUUCCAGGCUUGAAUCUGAAUGCUUUAGGUUUGUUCCCCACUACAGCACCAGGCAUGGGCCCCUCCAUGUCCAGUAUCCCACCUCCUGGAGCCCAUGGUGGAUGCUCAUCAUUUGGACAGGGACACCCAGAGUCGGAGACUGUUCACCUGUUCAUUCCUGCACUUGCAGUGGGAGCCAUUAUUGGAAAACAGGGUCAACACAUCAAACAGCUGUCACACUUCGCUGGAGCCUCAAUCAAGAUUGCCCCUGCAGAAGGAAUGGAUGCUAAGCAGAGGAUGGUCAUCAUUGUUGGACCACCAGAGGCUCAGUUUAAGGCUCAGUGCCGUAUCUUUGGCAAGCUGAAAGAAGAGAAUUUCUUUGGACCUAAGGAAGAGGUGAAGCUGGAGGCACACAUCAAGGUUCCUGCUUUUGCUGCUGGACGAGUCAUUGGGAAGGGUGGGAAAACGGUAAAUGAACUGCAGAACUUGACCUGUGCAGAAGUGGUGGUGCCCCGGGACCAGACGCCUGAUGAGAAUGACCAGGUUAUAGUCAAGAUCAGUGGACACUUCUUUGCAUGCCAGCUGGCCCAGAGGAAGAUUCAGGAGAUUCUAGCGCAGGUGAGAAGGCAACAGCAGCAGCUUAAACCCACAUCUGGAGCCCAACCUCCAAUGCCGCGCAGGAAAUAAACAUCCAGCAGACCUGGAGGAAUAGUGACUGAAUCUGCCAGAAGACUCGACAGAAGGACAGAUGCAGCAGAGUCCGGAGGGGGGGGAGAGAAGACAGCAAUGGGUCCUAAUGCUCAUCUCAGGGGUUUAAGGUUGUUAGAGCCCAACCAAACAUCCACCCCUCCUUGUCUUACUUGGACUGUGUGGCUGAUAAGACCCUGCGCCUCUCUGCAUCUGUGAGAAUGUACUUCUGAGGGCUCCCAUCAUCACCUGCCCUCACAUGUACGCACCCCUCAACCGCUCUACUCCUCCCCCAAAGAGUGUUAAACUUUUUUUUUUUUUUU